AUGUCAGCCCAAAGGCCGAUCAAGGCCAAGAAACAGCACACAGUUGGGAAUGACACAACAAUCUCGUCUUUGACGCAACGCCCAACCAGUAAAAGAGAUCAACUAUACGAUGCGGCUACCGUGGGCCUCAACGUGGUGGCAAAUAUAGCCGAGGGAUCAGACAUACUAGCCCCUCCAAAGGCAGCUUGUCGAGCGACGAAAUCAAUUCUCGACGUGGCGCAGGCGGUUGAGAACAAUCAAGAAGAAUGGGCUGAACUCAUUCAACGUCUGAAGAAAUGCAUGUCCGCACUUGAGGAACGGGCAUUCAGCCAGCCGCUCGUCCAUUAUAUCGAGUUUCUUGAGACUAGGCAUGAUACAGUCGUCGACCUCCAGACGAAACGCAGCCGGAGCAAACUCGGAUUCCUUAAAGCGUUUGGAAAAGUGAAAAUUGAUGCAGAAGAGCUUCUCAAGUUCAAUCGAGAUAUCGAAGAUCAACAUAGGCAAUUCAUGGAGGGGUUGAAUUGGUUUGUCGCAUUGCGGGUUCAAGCCAUCGAGAGGAACACUAGAGUUACAAAGGAAGAUGUCCAAGUAACGAAAGCCAACGUGGAGGCCACCAAGGCAAACGUCGAGAUAAUUUUGACAGACGUCGACACUUCUGCAAUACUUCAACUACCUACGGUAGCAUUCGUUGCAUCCUCAGUCCAUAACGCAUGCCUGAAAGGAACGCGUGAUGCAGUUCUGCGGACAAUCUGGUGCUGGGCCGACGACGAUAACACGGAGAAACCAAUAUUUUGGCUCUGUGAUAUAGCCGGAUCUGGCAAGUCCACAGUCACGAUGUCCGUGGUGGAAUCAUGGCGAAAGGAGGGAGUGCUAGGCGGCCGGUUCUUCUUCUCGAUAGCGAGCAACGAAGGAUCGACCACGGACAAGUUCUGCUCCACAAUAGCAAGAGAUCUCGUUCACUACAUCCCUGGGCUCACACCCCACGUUGCCAAAGCCGUGAAGCAGAACCCUGCUUUCAUGCGGAGCUCUAUUGACGAGCAGUUCAAGACUCUCGUCACUAAUCCUCUUCAUUAUUGGCAAGGGCGCGUAAUUCUUAUCAUCGACGCUCUUGAUGAUUGUAAAUCUGGAUCACAGCGAAGGGAACUAGUCGACGUCCUGGCUGGAGCCGUUCAAGAAAGCAACAAUCUGAAGAUAUUCAUGACAAGCCGGCCGGACUCUGUCAUCGAAACGGCAUUGGGUUCGCUUGCGAUCAAAACCAAGUUAGAGGACCGCCUACAUGAUGUCAACCCUCGCGACAACGUUGAUGACAUCGCGCUCUACAUUCACAGAUCGCUAGAUGGAGUGCUUUCGGAAGACAAGAGGCAAAGGCUUGUCCAAAAAUCCAACGGCUUGUUCAUUUGGGCAAGCACAGCAUGUCGAAUGCUCGAUAGCAACACCAGAUUACGGCCUCCUGAGAGCAUAUACAACCGUAUCAUCUCCAUAGACCAGGGUGGUGUCAUAGACCAUUUGUACACCCUCGUCCUCGAGCGCACAGACCCCGAAGACUACGCGGUUAUGCACGAGAUGCUCGCAAUACCGCUGGCCGCUUUCGAACCGCUUACCGUUGGCCAUUUUGACGACAUAGUCAAUCAUAAUAGGGUAGACGGGAGUGCCAAGGCGCUAGUAGAUGCUCUUAGCAGCGUGCUGAGCGAGGAUAAAGCGACGAAUGCAAUCCAAUUUCGUCAUCCAACCUUCGUUGAGUACCUUCGACGCUGCUUUCAUACCUCGGCCAUCCAGAAGCGCAAUAAUCUCUAUCUCGACGUCAGCAAGGCACAUGGUCAAACCGUAUCAUGGUGUCUCAAAUUCUUAUAUCUGGUCUCAAGUUCAAUAUCUGUCAAAUCGAGUCAUCCUUCUACCUAA